UUCAUUUGGGCAAAACAAGUGCAGGGAUAAGGGGAGUGGGAAAAGAAGGCGGAUAAGGUUGCUGUUUGUUUCUUGUAUUUUUCCCAUUUGAAUUUUGGCCUUCUAUCAUCUUCUUCUCUUUCACCAUUCCCACUGAUUUAAGAAGAAAAAUCGAAGAAAGCAAAGAGCAACUGAUUCUUGGAAGCCAUGUUAGCUUCUACUACUCUAAAUCUUGGCUCUUUGGGUAGCCAGCUGCUGAAUUCCCCCACCCACAAACCCCACAACCCGUUCCUACUUCCAGCUACAAAACCUUUCUUGAAAUCUUCAAAUCCCAUUGGCAGCAGCUGCUGGAAACUGACCACCUCUGUAAGAACAGCAGUGGCCGCGGUUGAUUCCUCUGAUCCCACUGAAAAGGAGGUAGACGAAGCUGGGAGCAAGGAGUAUCAUUUUGUAGUUGCCAAUGCUAAGUUUAUGUUGGACGAGGAGGAGCAUUUCAAGGAGCUGUUGUCUGAGCGCCUGAGGAAUUAUGCGGAGCGCAACAAGGAGCAGGAUUUCUGGCUUGUAAUUGAGCCCAAGUUCUUGGACAAGUUUCCCAACAUUACCAAGAGACUCAAGAGGCCUGCUGUUGCUCUUGUUUCGACUAACGGACCUUGGAUCAAGUAUAUGAAGUUAAGACUAGAUCGAGUUCUGCAAGAGAGCUUUGAAGCUGAAAGUCUAGAAGAAGCUUUGGCUUCCAAUCCGGUUAAUCUCGAGUUUGAAAAGCCGGAGAAGUGGACCGCUCCUUAUCCCAAGUAUGAAUAUGGGUGGUGGGAGCCUUUCCUUCCCUCUAAGACAUCAAAGGUAUGAAGAAGGAUGCCUUCCACAAUUUUUGUAAGUGUACCUUGUUGUAGCUUAUGAUUUCUUAGUUUAAGAGAUGGUUUUUAGAUUCAUUUAUAGGGAUGCGGAGGAGAUAUGUUUUGUAUCACCACUUGUAGUUCUAACUACUGCUGUGCAAUUAAUGUUAUCCUGGUCGAGUAUAUUAAACGAAAUACUAGUACUCAGGCUUUAUGUCGAUGUGAAAUACACGAUAAUAUAUAGCUAUUUUGCAGCCAA